GCUGAUUGUUUAUUAAAAAUAUAAAUAUUUUACAUUUCUAUACAAACAUUAGAUUAUGUCCGCAUACAAUAAAUUUUAUUAUCUAUUGUGUUUUUUGUCGUUGAUUAAAUUAUAUCUUACACUUUAAAUGAAUUUAUUGAUAAAAAAGCACUUUCCUAUACUACUAGUAUUCCUAUUCAGUUAAUCUUGGAAGCUCUUGAUAUCGAGACCUAGACCUGAACACCAUAGGCAAUGUGGAAACGUUACGUUUUCGGUUUUCUUGCAUUUUCAAGCCUUUUUCAAGUAAACUAUUCCUCAAAUGUUUUGUGCUUGUUUACCGAUUGUGUGCAAUCAAAUUUGGUAGUAUUCAUGGCAGUGGCAAAUACUCUUAUCGAUAGAGGACAUAAUGUCACAAUUGUAACGUCAAUUCCAAUUCCCUCGCAAGUUUAUCCUAAGCACAAAUUUUACCACAUUCUCUUGGAUUUACAAGCUGACAAAAUUCGAAAGCUCAAAUAUUUACACAUAACUAUGUACAAUGAAUCUACACCACAGAUGAGAGUGUUUCUGGAUUUUAAAGAAAGUGGUGAUACUAUUACGAAGAUGCAGACAGAUGUCAUCAAACAAAAAAGGUUUCAGGAGUUCUUCCAUGACGAAGGCAAUAGUUUUGAUCUUAUGAUCAUGGGUUAUUAUUACAAUGACUUUAUGGUGGGAAUUGGUGCGAGGUAUGGAUGUCCAAUUGCUGUUGUUAGUUUAUGGGCGCCAUUUAGUACGUUAACUCGAUGGAUUGGUAAUCCUCCAACGACUUCUUAUGUGCAAGUUCCGUUUACUGGAAGCAGUCAGUUUAUGAAUUUCAUGGAAAGAUUUCAAAAUUUUAUUGUGGAUGCAAUAAUUGAGCCUGUUGUACAUAGUUACUCAGAAUAUGUGAUGGAGAAUAUAUACAGAAAUUUAUUUCCAGAUGACUCGUAUCCAUCUUAUUCUGAUAUGAUAUCAAACAUCUCACUCGUAUUGUACAAUCGACAUUUUUCAGAAUUACCAAUCCGUCCACUAGUUCCAGCUCUUGUUGAAAUUGGGGGAAUUCAGGUCGAAGAUCAAUCAGAAUUUCUACCAAAGGUUAUCAAGGACUUUGUCGAUGCUUCAGUAAAUGGUACAAUUUUCUUCAGAGUCGGAUCAAUAACAAGAGGCACGGGGCUUACUCCAGAUCAGUUGAAGAUAUUGCUCAAUGUACUAUCAAAACUUGAUCAAACCGUUGUUUGGGAAUGGGAACGGUCCGAAGAGCAUCCACAAGAAUUCUCAAAUAUCCUAUUUUAUCCGUCAAUCACUCCAAAUACCAUUCUGCCCCAUCGAAAUGUUAAACUCUACAUCACAGAUGGGAGACCGUUGGCUAUCCAAGAAGCCAUACACCAUGGGGUUCCGAUGUUUGGCUUGCCGUUGUUUUGCGAAGAACCCUACACUGUGGCCCAAAUGACGAAUGGUGGAUUCGGAAUCUCGCUGGAUGUCAAUAACCUCACCGAAGAAGGAUUCAAUGAGUCGCUGAGGAAAAUACUCAAAAGUCCGCAAUAUGCUCAAACUGUCAAACAGUAUUCGAACCUUUACAAGGAUCGACCGAACACAGCUCGGGAAACAGCAGCGUUUUGGCUGGAAUAUGUGAUAAGAUAUCGUGGAGCCCUGCACAUGCAGAGCCCUCUGGUGCAUAUGAACUUCAUUCAACGGUGGAACAUCGAUGUUAUGGUUGCAUUCGUCAUUUUUGUAUGGAUUUUCGUCAAACUUGCGUAUAUAAUUGGUUUUGUUGUAAGAACUUUCGUUGACCUGAAAACUCAGAGGUUAAAAUUUGUUAAUAAAUCAAAGAAACUUUGA